CAUAGAAACCAGAGGAAUCCUCCUUGGUCGGAUUGGACUCCUCUCUAUCAUUCCAUCAGAUGCAUCGAUAUUCUUCGUAAUCCCCAUUUUUGUUUUCAUUUAUAAGUUCCCCCUACUUCCUUCAGAAAAAAAUCCAAAAAUACACAUGUUUUUAAAACAAAUUCCCAAAACAUGUUUGGGCAUCACCGUUGUUGUUAACCGCAGUGAAUGAUUCACCACGGAUGACCAAAGCAGUGAAUGCAUCACCGCGGUUGCCGCCGCGGUGAAUGCCUAACGUAACACUGAAACUUCAAACAAACAUAACUAUGCGCUCGGUUAUGCGAUUGUAGCGAAUUUUUUUUUUUAUUCCACAUAACUUUUCAAGAUCUUUCAAUCUGAAACAAGACUUCAUCCCAAAAAAAAUCAUUUGCUACCCCGAACGAGCAAUAUUCUCCGAAUGUCAUGAAACAUUUUUUUAUUUUGCAUAACUUUUGAAGUACUACAACUUUGAUUAUAACCAUAAUUUUGGAAAGUAUGUGGAUUUGUGAAAAGUAAAGGCAAAGUUAUUCCCGAAAUCCCGUAUACCCAAAAAUACUUAUUUCUUAAAAAAUUAUUUCCUAUUCAAAGUUGUAGUUCUUAAAAAUUUAUACGCAAUCAAAAAAAACUUUACAAGGUUCGGAUUGAGGAGCUAAAAGUUAUGUCCUUCCAAAGUUUGGAAAAAUCGAAAAAUUGCUCGUUCGGGGUAACAAACGACAUUUUUUUUAGAUGAAGUCUUGUUGCAGAUUGAAAGAUCUUGAAAAGUUAUAUGGAAUUAAAAAAAAUUUCGCUACAAUCGGAUAACCGAGCGCAAAUUUACGUUUGUUUGAAGUUUCAGUGUUAAGUCGGGCAUUCAUCGCGACCUUCAACCACGGUGAUGCAUUCACCGCAUUCACUGCGGUUGACAACAGCGAUGAUGCCCAAACAUGUGUAUUUUGAGUAACGUGUGUAUUUUGAGAGUUUUUUUAGAAAUGUGUAUUUUUGGCAUUCGUACCCUCCUUCGUUACCACACUCAUUUGCUUCCCCCCUGCUUGCCCUCUCAGCACCCACUUUCUCUCCACAAAUUUCCUUAACUGGGUUCUCAUUCUCGUUCCUUUAACCUCCUAAUCCUAAAAGUUGCCAACUUUCUUCUUCUACCAUGGAAGUGGACAGUGAUUAUUGCCCUGCCUUCAACCAAACCAGAAGCGGCUACGAGCCAUCCGAUGCAGAGACCGAUUGGAGGGAGAGCCCCAUCCAAACCCGCAGCAAUGGAGGAAGGAAGGGCAACAAACUUCGAUUCCGACACUGACCUGGAAUUACCUCCACAAAACCUCACUUGUUCCAGCAGACAACAACUGAGGAAGUUUAAUGGCGGCGAUGAAAACAACAACAACCUUGAUCAUGACCACAAUUCAUCUUCUCCCCCUGAUGCAGCAGCUACUUCCAUCUCCAGCUCCACUAGGCGCAAGACAGAGAACCCCGGACAAGAAGCAACAGUAAGGAUCAGGAAAAUGGCGCCUACAAAGAUGAGAAGCUGAAGAAGAAUCAUCCUCCGCCACCACUUAACCCUUCCAGGAGAGCCUCAAUCGGGGAGCUGAACGAGCUCAUCGGUGCGAUGAAGCUCUCCAGAGCCCUCCCUGGUGGAGGGAAAGGGAAGCCUUUGUGCGAGAGGACGGAUGGAUUCACUCUCGCCAGGUGACAUCUUCUUCUCCACAGAUGUGACUUGUGCACUGCCACCAUCCAUCCAGCAGACGGGCUUUUUAGCUCAUAAUAACAACAAGCAAGAGGCCAAAGGGUGCGAGGAUGUGAAAAUGAAUGAUGACAAGGCGUCCACGCGGAGUUACUUCCACACUAGUAGCAAGGUGAGCGGGAGAACGACUGAGAGCGUCAAGGCAUUUGUGGCCAACAGGAACAAGUCUUGGCAGUCGUCGGAUUCUAAUUGCCUGUCUUGUAUCCAAGGAAGGAGUUGCAGGACAAAUCACAAGUCGCCAGAGAAGAAAACAAAGCAUACAGGAGUGAGAUGUCAAUCGUCCGGUGGGCAUGUGACAGGAGAGAAAGGAGCCCAGGUGGUGGUUCCAACUUCCAAUAACAUCAAGCGCUCAUCAUGUGGAGCUGAACGUGAAAUCGGAACCAAACAACAUGAGUGCGUUGAUGGGUUUGGUGAAGGAGAUCAGCAACACCUAUUCACUAACGCCAGAAGUCAGCACCCUCAAUUUCAGACCAGACUACAAAGUACCUCUCCAGUGAUACUUCUUUAUGAGGCUGACAGAGCACCGGAGAACAUCCUGCAUCUCAUCAAAUGGAUCAUGGACUGCUACACAGAUUGCUGCAAGCUCAUUCUCUGCUGCGACGAUGAUGUCCACAUGCUCGAAUCAGUGAGAAAUCGGUGCAAAGUUGUGAACGUCGACGCUCCUGCAACUCAUGAAAUGAUGGGGUUUCUUGUUCGAAUAUCAAAGAAAGAAGGGUUUGAUCUACCCAUGAGCUUUGCUGCUAAGAUUGCUACAAAAGUGAAGGACUUGAGAAGCGCAAUCUGGCACUUGAAGCUUGCAAAGCACACAACUAUCCUUUCGCUAAAGAUCAACCGAUCCCAAUAUUCUGGGAAGAGGGGGAAGUUGCAGAAGCUGCUAGUUGAUUUCGUCAGUCCCCAACUUAUUAUUCAGAAACUUGUGGAGCAAUUCCUGAAGGAGAUGCCUUCGAGUUCGAAAAGAGAGCUUUACUAUUGGCAUGGCUACUAUAAAAAGAAACUCCCAGCCGGUACAACUGCCUUGCUCAAGCUAGAAGAAUUCGUUGCCAAGUUCAUGGGCAUGUACCGGAAGAGUAUAGGGAGUCGCCAGUUCCGACUCUUGAAGGAGUAAUUUUGCCCAUUUGGACAUGCUAUUUCUUCAAACUCACCAUUCGUAGUUUGAUAGAAAUCAUCGGCUGUGAAAGAUGUCUCCUGUAAAUUCGACCUUCCUCGAUCCUCUAUUUGCCAGACCCAAAGUUCUAACUGUGAACAAGAGCUUACCACUGCCAGCUCCCUCAAACUAGAUCGUCCGACUUCUUUCACAUUUUAUUGCUGUUAAGAUCAUCCACAGAACUAGCCUUUUUUUUCCAAAUCAGGGUCAUUUAGCCAAUUAGGGUUCCUGUGCUCAUUGUUUAUAUUCAACUACUCCAGAUUGAAGCUACCAACCGCAUCCAAAUAAAAAUUAGCAAUUCUC